AGGAUAUGGAGUGGGAGGAGACUGGCAUGCACCUGUCCCCUGGCUCGAUGCGUGAUCACCGUGUUUUUAGGCACCUGGCACUCACACCGCUCCAUAUCACCGACAAGACUAUCCUUACAUCGCUAAUGCUAGUGUCGGGGAUAUCUCUCUUUUCUAUAAAUAAUCUUACAUUGGCAAUGCUUGAUCCUCCAGCGGUUGAUUUACAACAAGCCCGCCUUGCUAUCACCAUUGUAUUUUAUUGGUAAAUGGAGAAAGUGAAGUGAUU